AUGUCUCUCCGAUCGCAAGGCAAGAUACCUAAAGGUGUAAAAUUCCAAGUCUCACUGCCUACCCCCGCUGAACACAAUUGUCUUCGUCGCCGAGGCUAUCAGUCCACCGUCGACCCAUUCUACGAAGCCGCAUUGCUUCGAGCCCUCAGCAACAUCCCAAAUGCCACUCCACCUUCAGAUCUUGCAAUCCAAUGGGACGCCCCAACCAAAUUUGCCAAGCUUGAGGGCACGGUGUGGCCGCAUUUCUCGCCUUGGUUCCCCAAACAAGCCGUCGUGGACAAGCUAGUCGAGCGAAUGAUGCGACUGUUGGAUUCAGUGAGAGAGGACGUGGAAUGCAGGUUGCAUUUGUGUUAUGGAGAUCUUGGCCAUGGACAUUUCAUUGAGCCUACGGAGAUGGGAUUCAUGGUCGAAAUAGCGAACGGGGUCAAGAAGGGUUCGAAGAGGAGGAUCAACUGGAUUCACAUGCCAGUGCCGAAGGAAAGGCUUCAUGAUGAUGAUGAUGAUGAUGCUGAUGCUGCUGCUGCGGGCUGCGCCGCGCUCGCACUUCUGGAUUUUCCCAGCAGGACAAGAGUUGUACCUGGACGUUGUACACUUUGA